AUGGUGGGGAGCUCGGUGGAGGGAGGAGCGGACGGAGAUGGGGGCUGCUGCGGCGUCGGGGACACCUCGCCCGGGACCAUCGUGUGGGUGCGGCGGAGGAACGGGUCCUGGUGGCCCGGCAGGAUCCUGGGCCCCGAGGAGCUCCCACCGUCGCAGAUCAUGUCGCCGAGGUCCGGCACGCCGGUCAAGCUCCUCGGCCGGGAAGACGCAAGCGUGGAUUGGUACAACCUUGAGAAAUCAAAACGUGUUAAAGCAUUCAGGUGUGGAGAGUUCGAUGCCUGUAUUGAGAAGGCAGAGGCCACUCAAGGGACUGUUGUGAAGAAAAGAGAGAAAUAUGCACGGAGAGAAGAUGCUAUUCUUCAUGCACUUGAAUUGGAGAGGAAGCAGCUUGCAUCAAAGUAUCAGACUCAAGGUUUCAGACCUGGACCACCUGGUAAUAUUUCUGCUUGCACAAAACAUCGCAAAGACCUUGGAAGUACUCGCUACAAGAGUAAAAAGAGCAAGAAGCGCAAAGAUGCAUCUGUUCCUGCUGAUGUAAAAAAAGAAGUGGGACAAUGUUUUCUACAUGCUGGUUCGAAGAGAAACUUUUCAGAAUCUCUUACUCAAGGAAAUGUUGUCAGUAAUCACAUGGGUGAUUUAUCCCAUUUGAGACAUUCUCAUGGAGGUGCCACUUUAGAGAACAAGGAGAGGAGUACAAUUGUGAAGAAAAAUAGAUCGGACGGAAGUGAUUUUGAAGAUUCUCUUGUUUCAAAAUCAGACAGACGCAGACCACUUUCUCAAGUAUUGCAGAGCAGUGAAAACUUGCCUCCUCACUUAAAGCAAAGCGAUGAUUUGGGGGCUUUGUUAAUUGGGGAGAAUAAUAAUUCUUCACUUGCCACCUCCCCGGUCCAGAAGAACUAUCUUCGGCAUCCUGGUUAUUUUUCUGAGGAGCACACUUCUUCUGACUUUGUUGAGAAGCAAAUAACUGAGUCUUCAGAGAGGGAAUGCUCAGAAAGUGAGACUGAAGAUGAUGCUGAACUUCAGCAAAAUGCAAGCGUAAUUCUACCUAUAGAAUCUUGUGCUCCUGAUCCGUAUUCUGUUCCAGUUUCUGAUAAGUUCAAGCAUGUGGAUUAUGAUGACAAUGAGGUGACAUAUUCUACUUAUGUGCCCCAGUUGAAUGAAUCUGAGGAAGAGGAUGGUUAUUCUGAGCUGGGUGUGUCUCAGUGGCACAUGAAAGGAAAGCGCAACAAUCGUAAUGCCGCGAAGAGAUUAGUGGAUAUGAGAGAUGGAAAUACAUGGUUAAACAAAUACAAUGGACCAUUAAAAGGAUCUUUGCAUAACACAAAUGGUGGGAAUCCCAGAAAAGAAAGUAUGCACACAUCUGGUGAGCAGUUUUUUGAGGAAAGCUUUUACCAAAUUAAGGAGGAGCCCAAUUAUGAUUCUGAGGAAACUAAUUUAUUUGAGGACAUGAGCCAUUCAGUGGCUAACUUGUACUAUGGUAAAAAAUACCCUUCAUCCUUGAGAACCACAAGAGAUCUUAGCCGAGGCUACAGUUACUUUAAUGACUAUUUGAAUGACUCUUCAAAUGUUUCUCCCCUAAAUAUGGACGCUGAACGGAUAUAUCAUGUUGAUCGGAAUGCACAUUGGGAUGGACCUUCAUUUUACCAAAGGAAGUUGACUUCACGUUUUGGUGGCAUGCGACCAAUGUUGUUCAAUGUUAACCUCAAAGUUCAGGCCAGCUACCAAGGAGAGCAUGUCCCUCUUGUCUCUUUAAUGAGCAGACUUAAUGGCAAAGCAAUUGUUGGACACCCUAUCCAAAUUGAAAUAGUUGAAGAUGGUUCCACAGAUCAUCUGGUAUUCUGCGGUGAUAGUGGUAUGCAAGAGAGCACAGCUGCUCCACCUGCUUGGCCAACAGGUAGAAGAACUGCCAUGCAAAGAGUUCCCCGUUCAAAUCCAUCAGGGGCACUGUUGGAUGGCGAUAAUGAAGGUGGUCUUGUGUAUUCUGAUUAUGAGAUGAAACCAACCUUAAGAAAGUACUCAUCUUCUUCGAAUCACCAGGUUAAGGUGAGUAAGAAAAGCAGUUUGAAUGCUAGGAGGUCAUCAGCUAAGUCCCAUAAGAAGUCAUCCAAGAAAACAAACCUUAGAGCUCUCUCUUCCAUUUCCACUGCAAAAAAACACCAUGGAGAAGGUGGCCGAGCAAAGGCACAUUGGCAUAAUGACAUAUUUGGUGGUUUAAUCAGAUCAGAAGGAGCAGUUCCUCUAGUGACAUGUGUCCCAACGAAGGUUGUGUUCACUAGGAUAUUGGAAGCAGUUGGCAGGCCACCUCCAUCUGUCGCUCACCGUGUUAGAAUGGCUAGUCCUUCAGUGCGAGAUCCUCCGUAG